ACUGCGUGAGAAAGAAAAGGCAUGAUUAGUGAAUAGUGGGCUCAAAUAUUGAACUUAGGUCCAAUUCUGCCUAGAAUUUUGCUCAAAUCCAACUCUAAUUCACCCAAAAAGGCUCAAAACCCUCAGAGUGCAACCCGAUUAGCCCAAAAUCGAUCCACCAAGGAGCUGGUUAUAAACCAAUCAAUAAAAGUAGGGUUUGAACUUUGAAGUCUCCCACACCAAAAGAACAAGGUUGAGCUCUCUAGCGGCCAUCUGCUCUGCACAGACUGCACUUCGUAGCUAACCGGCAAAACUUCAACCAUGGCCGUCGGGAAGAACAAGAGGAUUUCCAAGGGAAAGAAGGGAGGAAAGAAGAAGGCAGCUGAUCCAUUUGCCAAGAAGGAUUGGUAUGAUAUCAAGGCUCCAUCGGUUUUUACUACCAGAAAUGUGGGGAAGACUCUUGUUACCCGUACUCAGGGUACCAAGAUUGCUUCAGAAGGACUCAAACACCGUGUGUUUGAGAUAUCACUGGCUGAUCUUCAAGGUGGCGAUGAGGAUCAUGCUUAUAGAAAGAUUCGUUUGAGAGCUGAAGAUGUUCAAGGAAAAAAUGUUUUGACCAAUUUCUGGGGAAUGAAUUUUACAACUGACAAACUGAGGUCUUUGGUGCGUAAAUGGCAAACUCUAAUUGAAGCUCAUGUGGAUGUGAAGACAACUGACAAUUAUACUUUGAGAAUGUUUUGCAUUGGAUUCACUAAGAGGCGCCCAAACCAGGUUAAAAGGACUUGUUAUGCACAAUCCAGCCAGAUUAGGCAGAUACGCCGAAAGAUGAGUGAGAUAAUGACUGCCCAGGCAUCAUCCUGUGAUUUGAAGGAAUUAGUUCAAAAGUUCAUUCCCGAGAUGAUUGGAAAAGAAAUUGAAAAGGCAACAUCUAGCAUCUAUCCUUUGCAGAAUGUGUUCAUUCGUAAAGUCAAAAUUUUGAAGGCUCCCAAGUUUGAUCUUGGAAAGUUGAUGGAGGUUCAUGGUGAUUACUCAGAAGAUUUUGGUGUGAAAGUAGAGAGGCCUGCUGAUGAGGCAAUGGCUGAGGCUACACCAGAGGUUGUUGGAGCUUGAAUGAUAAGUCCUUGAAUAUGUUUGUCUUUUCUGCUUCUAAGAGUUUUGUUGAUCAUUUUCUUUUUGUUGAAAACUUAGUAGAGAAUUUCUCCAUGUUUUUUAUGUUAAAGGAUAUGAUUUUGCAAAUUAAUAUUGACUGGACAAUCUGUAACUCCUUGGAACAUGUCUGUGUUGGUAUCGAUCAACUAUACAAUUAAUGUUAUCUCAUUGAUCUAAAAUAAUUCUCGGUCACUCUGCAUUGUACAGCUAACUGCUUU